AUGCAACACAUUUGCCUAGCGCUGUCGCUGCUGCUGCUGCUUGACACUGGAACUAGUGCGGCCACGCCCACACCAUUAACUUAUGCAAACUUUACGGAGCUCUCGGAGGCGGUGCACGCCUCCCUGCUGGCGCACGAGCGGCAGCAACAGCAGCGCCAAUCGCUGCAUGGCCGGGCCAAGCGGGCGGUGAAGCGUGUUUGCUACGGUGAGCUCGGAUGCUUUGAGGACUCGGGCCCAUUUGCCUACCUGGAGAUGCUGCCCUCGUCGCCGGAGGAGAUAAACACAAAGUUCUAUUUCUACUCGACGCGCCAGCGCUCGGAUCGGCCGCUCAUGGAGUUGUCCUUCUUGAACAUGACGGCGGCGUUUGCCAAGGCSAAGGCCAAGCGCGAGUCCGACAGUCCGCCAGCUCCGACGGUCACAACGAGCGCCCCAGCGGGCACAGCCUCGAUGCCUGGCCUCAACACGAGCACAGAGAAGCUGCCCGGCAUGGGUGGCAGCCCGAAGAAGCCGCCGCAGCCUUCCAUCGAUGACCUCGAGGGCUUCGAUGAGCUCUCCGUGCGCGUUAUUGUCCAUGGCUUCGGAUCGGCCUGUCCCCACGUCUGGAUCUACGAAAUGAAAACGGCACUGAUGGCUGUGGAGGAUUGCAUUGUUAUUUGCGUGGACUGGGAGAACGGAGCCACCUUUCCGAAUUACGUGCGUGCCGCGGCGAACACGCGUCUGGUGGGCAAGCAGUUGGCGAUGCUGCUCCGGAAUCUGCAGCAGCACAAGGGCCUCAAUCUGAUGCGCACGCAUGUGAUUGGCUUUAGCCUUGGGGCGCAUGUCUCCGGUUUUGCGGGCGCCGAGCUGCCCGGCCUGUCGCGCAUCACGGGCCUCGAUCCGGCUGGGCCGCUGUUCGAGGCGCAGCAUCCGAAGGUUCGGCUGGACAGCAGCGAUGCGGAGUUCGUCGACGUUAUCCACUCGAAUGGCGAGAAUCUUAUAUUGGGCGGCCUGGGCUCCUGGCAGCCCAUGGGCCACGUGGACUACUAUCCGAACGGAGGGCGGGUGCAGACGGGCUGCUCCAAUCUGUUUGUGGGCGCGGUCACGGACUUCAUUUGGUCUGCCCAGGCGGCCGAGGACGAGGAGGGGCGCUCGCUCUGUAAUCAUCGUCGCGCCUAUAAGUUCUUCAUCGACUCCGUGGCACCACGCUGCAUGUUUCCCGCCUUUCCCUGCGCCAACUACGACGACUUUCUGAAGGGCAAGUGCUUCCCGUGCGCCCAGGACGAUGAGGAUCUGGCCGAGGGCGUGCCACGCUGCGGCAACAUGGGCUACUACGCGGACAGAUCGACGGGCCGCGGCCAGCUCUAUCUGCUGACACGCGAGGAGGAGCCCUUCUGCGCGCAUCAGUUCCAGCUGCAGAUCUUUAACUCGUUCAACGAUCUGCCCCUGCGCACGAUUGGCCGCCUGGAGGCCAUACUCGAGGGCGAUGGCGGCCUCAACGAGACUUUCGAAAUAUCCGAGAAGGACGAUGCCGAGUUCUUUGCCGGCGACAUUGUAUCCAAGAUAAUUGUGCCGCAUCCGGCGCUGGGCUUCCCCACCACGUUGAGCCUGCACUACAAGUCCUACAGCGGCUGGCUGUCGAAGGGCCUGCCCCACUGGGACAUUGACAAGGUGGUGCUGACGGACAGCUUCGGGCGCAGCCACUCGCUGUGCCGCCCCAGCACCAAGCUGAGCAGCGGCAGUCCCGUGCGCAUGCGCCUCCAGGCGGGCAACUGUGAGCUGGACAACCAGGAGGACUAUGGCGCCUAUACCACCACCCAGCCGCCGGCCUCGUUGUCUGCCAGCACGGACGCGCCCGUGGCCGACUCCAGUGUGCAGGAAACGGGUCUGAGUGCCAGCGUUGACGGUGUCGAGAGCGUCAAGCAGCGCAAGGACAUCUUCAACCUGGGCACCAGCUUCAAGCUGGCCGAGAAUCAGACCUACCCGCUGGACCAGACCGAUGAGCUGCCCUGGCAGCCCAUACUCGUGGGCAAUUCCCUGGACAAGGACAACAAUGAGGCCGAGGCAGCCGAGUCGAGUCGCAGUCUGUCCGACGCCCUGUCGCCCGGUCAGCAGCCCGCCGCUGAGAUUUUCGAGCCCGUACUCAAGGACCGACGUCUGGCCGUGAACCGUGGCCGCAACCUGCAUGAGCUACACGCCAGCGCCGGGGAGAUUGUCGAGCCGGUGCUCAAGGCCACCACGCCGCGCACCAAGCACGGCAAGGACCUGCAGCUGACUGAGCCCGAGGAUAGCAAUGCCACAGCCAGCUCGACGGACAGUCCCAUCAGUCCAGCGAGUUCGGCCAAUCCAGCCGUGGCUACGGUACCCAAAAUGAUGGCUCAGCUGUCGAGCGGCUCCGAUGAGCCGCAAACGGUGCAGCUGCUGCCCUUCCGGCUAGGCGAACUGCUGCAACGGGCCGAGCGCUACGCCCGGGAGACGCUGCUGCCGCUCAUCUCAGUGCAGGCGCCGCGAUUCUUCGGCUUCAAUGUGACGCCGCACGAGCGGGUCGGCGAGUCCCGCAAGCCUCGCUAUAUACCGCGCUACGAGGAGUCCGCUUUCAUCAACAGCAGCAGCAGCAGCGGCAGUAGGCAGCAGCGCCGCAGCUCCGACUCCCCCGAGUCCACAGACCAAGCGGCCCGCCGCAAUCUAUUCCGGCUGCUGCGCUCCGAUGCAGCGCGUGGUCGUGCCGCCCAGCAGCCCAUCACGGCCGCCGCGCCAGUGGCCAGCAGCGAGACGCAGCCGAGGGACUUCAACUACUACACGAAUAUGCUGCACUCGGAGUCCCGUUCCAUGCGGCCCGAGGCGCCCGAGUAUCGUCCCGUUUUCAUUGAGCUGCCCACGUACCGGCCGCCAGUGGGCGGCAAGGCGAAGGCCUUGCGGCGGGCGCGCAGCCAGCUGAGUCCCUGAGAGACGAAGGGGUGCGCGGGGGGAGAACAGCUAGGAAUAUAUGUAUAAACACUAUGUGAUAUGGAUAAGCCGAGUGUGGGGCGCGGCGCGUCUGCUCAGCGGCUGCGUCGAGUGAAAUCUGUCUGUGCUGGCCUGAAA